AUGUCAUCUGAUAAAGAAAAGUCUCUAUCACAUACAGCCAUUCCAAUAUUUUGUCACGAAACUUCUCAAAUUUCUACUUUAGAACCACAGAUACCACCAUCGUCAAAGUCUAAAUUCUUUUUUCUAUUUACAAAAGAAUUCGCUUUUAUCCUUUUCUGGGGUCAAUUUCUUUCAUUGUGCUUCACGGGUUCAAUUGUCAUUGUCACCGCUUUAACAAUUAAUUAUCAUAUCAGUUUACCUGCAACUUUGAGUUUUUUUAUGUAUACAACUUUGACUCUUAUUUGUACACCUAUUACAAUUUAUAAAAAUGGUAUACGUGCGUACUUGAGAAUGCUUAGAAUUCGAGGAUGGAAAUACGUAGAAGCAAAUUAUUUUGGAAUAAAAGCUUAUGCUUAUACAUCUAUUCUAUCUACCAUUUUACUUGAUGCUUGGGCAAUUCCAGUAUGCGUGAUAUUAUCAAUAUUCUUUUUACACAUAAAAUAUCAUUGGUCUCAAUAUUUAGGUGUGGGAAUUUGUUUGGCUGGAAUUGGUGUCUUGAUUGAGGCUGAUUUUCAAAGUGGAAAAGAUAUGUAUUAUGCGGUGGAUCCGAUAAAGGGUGAUAUACUUUGUUUAAUAAGUGCAACAUUUUUCGGAAUAUCUAAUAUUAUUGAAGAGUACUAUGUGAAAAAACGACCUGCUUAUGAAGUAUUGGGACAAAUGGGAUUUUGGGGAAUGAUUGUUAGCGGAAUUCAAACUUGGUUCUUAUUUAAAACUGUGAUGCACGUGCUAUAUCCAUUAGCAGCAGUCUGCACUAUAUUGGGUCUUUUGGUAUUUUAUAUUUAUCCAGCGACUCAACCAGUUGUUAAAUGCGAUGACGAAGACAGUAUAGAACAAGUUGUUUCAGAUGAAGAAACGGCAGCGACAAAUACUUCUGAAUCGGUGGUCAGAGCAUUAAAUCGUUCUGUAUAA